AUGAAGCUUGAAUUGCAAGCUAUGGAAGACAAUGACACUUGGGAGGUUCUUCCUUUACCUCCAUCCAAACAUAGCAUCGGUUGCAAGUGGGUGAAUAAAAUCAAACAUCGUGCUGAUGGUUCCAUCGAAAGAUACAAAACCCGGCUUGUUGCUAAAGGAUAUACUCAACAGGAGGGUCUGGAUUUUCUUGAGACAUUUUCUUCUGUGGCCAAAUUAGUCACUGUUCGAGUUCUUCUUGUUUUAGCUGUCACUUAUCAAUGGCCUUUGGUUCAACUCAAUGUCAACAAUGCCUUUCUUCAUGGAGAUUUGUUUGAAUAG